UCAAUGCAAUCAGACGCAUAACGGCACCACAGUGUAGCAGAAAAAAUCAAAACAAAAACAGAUAAAUUUGUAAAAACAAAAUAAUACCAAAAUAAUUAAAUAAAAUACAUAAGAUUUAACUUGAAAGAUAUCAUUGGAAACACUAACAAACUUGUGAAGUUUUGAAAAGUUCUUAUAUACGAAAAAGCGCGGCUUUUAUAUUUUAUAUGUGUAUGCGAUAACCAAUACUAAGACAACUUAUGUAUAAAAACAGCAACAACAAUAAUAAAGCCACAAAGAAAAACAAUAUCAGUAAACAAUUUUGUCAUAUUUGUGUUCUUAUCAUAACCACCCAAAGUGUAUUGUGGCUCCCCCGAAAAAAAAUUGUGGCUUGUGUUUACAAAUAAUAAAAACAAUAAUCAUAAUUACAACAACAACCACAGAAAUAAACGCCACGAAUAACAACGACAAUAAAAAUAAUUAUAAUUGUUUAAAUAAAUUGCAUUUUAAACAUUCAAUAAUUUUUGGUAUUUAAGAGAAAGUUUAUGGGUUUUCGAAAAUGUUCAGCGACAUUGUUGUUACAAGCCCAAAUAUCAAUAUUUGUAUAACAAUGACCAGCCAUCAACAAUCAGUGUAGUAGUUAGUAGUGCAUAAACAACUAAUAUUUCGAACGAAUCAGUGGAAAUUACAAAACAAAAACAGAAAAGUUUUGAAAACAAAUCGCAACAUAGCCAAUUGAAGAUUUUGGCAUUUACAAUUGAAUUGGCAUUUAUAAGUGCAUUUUUGCCUGUUGUUUUCACACACACACAAAAGCCAGUCAUCAUGUUUGUCACAGUGGAUAAUGCAACAAAUACCUUCUUCUCAGAUAAUCCCUAUUAUUUCUACAAUGACCCCAAGUCACCGACGACACCAGAUUCUCAGAGUUCCAGUAAAGGUUUCUCCAUAUUCAAGAGGCGCAACUCCAAAGGAAAUAGCCCAAAAGUAACAAUACCGGAACAAACACGUCUAAUUACAUCGGCAAAUCUAGAUACGACAGCCACACUGACGCUGGGCAGUCCUCGAGGGCAAUUUGGUUUUCAGCAUCAAUCGUUUGAACUACAACCAUUGAUGUCCCAACAUCUUCCCCACCACCAAAUCACAUCAUCUCUGCACCAAAGACGUCAACGUUCGACGAGUUCACAUUCGGAAACUUGCCGCGAACGUUUGGGUUCUUGCAGCGAAACAUCAACGCCCAAUCAUAGUUUUGAUCAUGACGACUGCUUCAGCGGCCCCCUAUCGCCAAGCAAACAUCAUUCACACCAUCAUACAUUGCCAUCAGCUGGCGGACGACGUCAUUCGUUUAGCAAUUGGCGUCAUGCUAGUGAACGUCAUGCUUCUUCAUCUUCAAAUCAUCAUCAUCACAAAAAUAUUGCUUCCAAUAUAACAACAACCGAUGAAGUGCCUCAAAUGAUGGCACCACGACCACCGGUUAUAUCGCCAAAUAAAUAUCGUGGCGGCGGUAGUUCACAUAGGAGACGAGACAACUGUGGAACCAUGAACAGCAGCAUGAGCGGCAGCUCUACUGGUUCAUCAGCCUACAACAUGGACGACAUUCUGAUUGUGACGGCCAAGCACAGUGAAAGGGCAAUAUUGAGAGCGAAUUUCUUGAAAAAUCAUUUCGAUAAAAUUACCAAACAACGUGGACGCAAACCUUUUAACUUUUUGCACAUCAAAAUCGAAGAUGGUCCGUUUAGUGAAGAAAUUGCUUAUAAAUACCAAAAUACUGCCUUGCAAAUUAUCAUACUGUGUCCUGCUUUAUUGGCUCUCUCGCAUUCCCUGUUGAUGUCCCAGCUUUUGAGCAUAAUUCGAGUGGAGAAAGUUUUGGGUAUUCUCUUGGAUGUUACCGAGGAAAAAGUCAAGGAAAUACACAAAUCGGCUCUUCCCAAUUACUUAAGAUGGCGCCGAUGUGUCAUACGCGACAAUGAUCAAGCUCAAAUAAGUAAUAUCUUGGGUAUUGCCACGGACAUUUUAGGCCGUGCCUUGUGCCAACGUCCCGUUUGUCAUGACUCUGGCUCCAGCAUCUCGCGCAGCAUUUCCUCCUGCUCCGAUGGCUUUACUAUUCUACCCAAGAAAGUUAAAAUUGGCCAGAAUAAGGUGGUGGCCAUGUUAAAUGAGGGCUUGGAAAAAGACGAUGUGUUGAAAAUUGUUGUAGAAAAAUCCGGUGAAUUAAUUGAAAUACGUAAUUUCAAGUGUCGCAAUCCCUAUACUGUGCAGUUUGCCAUACCAGAAUCCUGCAUGGAAAUUUCCACCAUGGUUGAGGUUCGCAUCGAAAAGAACCACAAGAGCCUUGGUGCUCGCCCCAUCAAAUGUGAAUCACGUCUGCGUGAAUUGGAGCAACUAUUGCGCACCGAAGAUUCACCCAUUGAGUUUAUGUGCCAUGCAUUGGGUAUUGGACCCACUGAAAAAGAGGAAUUGGAUAUGCAUUUACUGCAAAGCUUCCAAAAGAAUAUGCCACCCAAUUUCCAUUUGCUCAAUGGACCGUAUGAGAAGCAAUCACAUUUCCUUACAAUGCGUGAAACUAGUCCCGAAGAAUAUCCCACGCUGUUACAUUUCGCUGCCCGUUGGGGUCUCAAUCGUUUGGCCAUGCAAUUGAUGGAAUGUCCCGGUGGUGACACUGCCUGCGGCAUCAGAAAUUGUGCUGGAAAGACGCCGGCUGAAUUGGCCGACAUGGAGGGUCAUCACAAGUUGGCACGCAACAUCAUGAGCUUUUCCGAAUUCCAUGAACUCACCACAAUGUAUCACUAUUUCAAGGGUCUGAGUAAUGAUAACAAGAGUAAUCAAAACUCCACGGCCAGUGGCAAGACAGCCGGCAACACCAAGGUGGUAAUUGAGGCUGUUAAAUCCCAUCCCACCUCACCAAAGACCAAACAACCCAAAUCACCCAGAUCACCCAAAGUUCGUGAUUUGCCUGCCGAUCAACAGGCGGAAUAUAUGGAAAUGUCCAGUGGUUCGGAUCGUGAAAAUACGCCAGAAACAAAACCAAAGCAAGAAAAAGAAACCAUGGCCAUAACAAACCUGAACUACAUCAGCGUGGAAACUGAGGAGGAAAAUUUACAAGGCUCAUCGGCAGAUGUGUGUAAAAACUUCGAUUCUAACAAAGUGGUGACCACACCGGAGAUCACCUCCAAUGAAUUGAAUAUCAGUGAGCCUCCAUACUAUGCCUCGAAGGAACAAAAUAAGGUUGUCUCGAAAGAUGUCACCGAUGCUCCCAUUUAUCAAACGGAUAAAUUCAGUCAAGAAUGUUCCCAACUGUUGGAGAAUUGUACCAGUACCGCAGCCAACAAUGAUUAUGUUUUGCAACCCUCAAAUGUGCCGGUUCCAGCAUCACAGCAACAACAACCUACAUCCCCCACCAACACCGAUGAUGGCAACUAUUUGUUUCAACCUUCCAAUCGUCCAGUUGAGGAGGAAUUCUUACAUCAAUCCAGACAAAGUUUAAAUCGCUUGGGUUCAUCAUCCCGUCUGGCCCAUCAACCAACCUAUGGCACUCUAAAGAGGUCGGUGUCCGAUGCUUCUUCAUCGGCCAGGGCCAAUGUUGAUGAUGAAUUAGCCGAAAUUAUGCAUGACUUUAAGAACAAUGUUCUGUCGAUACGUGAAGUGGAGGUUUUGGUUGAGAAAUGGAAACAUCGCAACGAUGUUCAGCAAAGUUUCCGUGAAAAACAGGAUCAAAUCGAUCAACUACGAAGGGAAUAUGAAAGGAUUCAAGAUCAAAUACGGCACCACCUGAAACGUGAAACACCAUUCGAAAAAAUCAAAAAACUUUUCUCACGACACAAAUCUACUUCGAACUUGCAUCACGACAAGUCAUCAUGCGUCGACAGUGCUUUGGAUGAAACCAAAUCAUCGAUUACCACAUCGUCCAGCUUUAAAUCAUCUGCCAGACCCAUUAGUUCAUUGAGUUUGCAAUCUGUUUCAUCGUCAUCUUCAUCGGGACGUUUGAGUACGGGCAGCAAUUGCAGUGGUACUUCACUGGGAGAUUCGGGCACCCAUUCAGAUCACGAUGAGCGUAGAUUUGGUUGUCGUCUAGCAUCACCGGGUAUGGAUAAUUAUUUGGUACCACCCACACCCAGACCCGUGUAUACGCCCAAUUCCACACCCGGCGAUGAGAGGCAUCAAAUUGUGUUUCCCUCCCCAAUGUCAUCGUGCACUAAACUCAACACCCCCACCAGCCCCACAAGUUCGGAACACUAUCAAAUGUUCCCCUCAAAUAUUCCCGUCUAUAGUAGUCAAAAUUUAUCCACAUCAUCGUCAUGUAACAAUUAUUUGAAUACCAUAAUGGAGGCUAAGCAGGAGCAGGAACACAACUAUCAAAACGGUAAUGGAGUGACAUUGCAGCCCAUUAAAUUGAAUGAGCGUUCAAAUAUUAUCUAUGGCAAACUUACUAAGUCCAAUCCCAAAUGUUCGUCCUUCAAACCUAAACAGGUUGCCAUACCGCAAGUGGGAAGUUUAGAGAUCCAAGCUGAAGUAUAUCAGAAUGUGGGUGAGAAUUUGGAAGCGCCUAAGAAGGAAAGUGAGCAGACACAAUCAGAGGAUCAAGUUGAUGGAGCCAAUGGAGAUGAUCAUAAUUACAUGAAUUGUUAGUCACGGAAAGAAUAUGGAAGGAAAAAAAAACUUUUGAAGUGUAAGCUUCACCUAGAUCUAGAUAUUGCAUUCAAAAGAAAUGUUGUGCCUUAAAAAAGCUUUAAAUAUCUGUGGAGAAAAGCUUUCAUGGUGUACAUAGACUUGAUAUAACUUGCGAAUAAAUAAUGAUAGAUGCUUUAAAGAUCAGUAGCACUAACUUCUAAGAACUGUUUUGGGGCAGCCUAUGUUCUUUAAGUACGGAAUAUACAGGCAUGGGAGGAGUUUAGAUUUAAAGUCCUCAGCUGAAUAUUUAAAUGAAUUUAUUUAAGAAAGUUUCAAAAGAUUCUCGAAUUGGAUAUAGAAAAUAGCAUAUUCAGAACCUUAUGUAUAACAUCUUCAAAAUAAAGCUUUUCAAUAAGAAGAAAAAAAUAUAUAUAUAAACAUAUUCGACAUAUCACGAUUAAUGAUCAAAUCGAAUAACCUUCAAGAUAAGAAAAAAUGAGAGCAAGCUUGACAAUGUUCAUAAAUUUUCACAAAUCUGAAAUUUUUUUAAUUUCACAAUAGUAAUUUAAGUAAAUAAACUCUAUAAGAGUAUAAGAUUUUAUUUUUAAACUGCAAAUUGAUCUUUAUUAGUAUUUGUUUAUUUUUAAAUGUUUGUAUUAUUAUUAUUAUACAUUUUUUUUAAAUUCACAACAUAAAUGAACAAUGAGUAUAAACUAGUUAAAAUUAAUAUAAACUAUUUUUUUUUAUUAAUAUUAAGAACAAAACAAAAAAAAAAAUAUUUUAAGACUGUGGCAAUAUAGAAGAAAACGUCAAAGUUUAUUAAUUUGUAAUAAAACGAAAUUAUCUUUAAGGCCAGUGCAUGUACAUUUUUAUUUGUGUUUAAAACAAUAUUUUUUUAUUUUGUUGAUGAAACGGCAAACAACCAAACAAACAUAUUUUAUAACGACAACAAACAAUAUAUCAUUGCAUAUUUGUAUUUUUUUAUAAUUAUUUGUAAACAAUUAAAAAAUGAGUCAUCGUUUUGUUUUUUUUAGUUCUAAA